GGAGGCUGAGGAAAAAGGAUUGCAAGUUGAAGCUCAUCCUGAGCAACUUAAAAAAAUAAGUAAAUAGAAAGGGGUUAGGAUGUAGCUCAGUAACAGAGCAUCCCUGGGGUCAAUCCAUAGUAUCACAAGUAAAUGAAUUAAGGAACAUGGACUCACCAGAGCAGGGGGACAGCCUGGGUGACUUGUCAGGCCUAGGUGGUCACCUGGCCAGAUUUCAGAAUUAGAGAGUGAUACCUCACUCCUCUUCCUCCCUCAGUGGGCUCCCCUGUGCCGGGAGGGUCACUCUGUCCAGCUCAAGGGCUCCCCAUCCCUAGCCAGGGUCCCUGUUCCCCUGAUGGGGAGGAGGGGCCCAGCCCCCACUCCUGCCUAUUCCUCCCUCUGCUUCUAGCAGCCUCCUUGGGCCCUGUCUGAGCAGGUCUGCCUGGCAAGUUGGGACAUGUCUGGCCCCCAAGGACCAUCCCUGAGUGAUGGCUGCAGCAGCGGAGGGGCUGGAGUCCAGAGAAACUGCAGCUGCCUCAAAAGAUGCUCCAAGACCUGCUGUGGAGUCUGUGGAUGCAGGACCUGGGGCACCCCCCUUCCUGGCUGGGAAUCGGCUGAAUUUGGACUUGUACCCCAAGGGCUGCCACCAGCUGCUGCACCUGUGUGCCCAGCACCACCAGCAGCUGCUGCAGGUAGAGUUCUUGCGGCUGAGCACCCACGAGGACCCUCAACUGCUGGAAGCCACCCUGGCCCAGGUGCCGGGGAACCUGCCACACCUCCGCUCCUUGGUCCUCAAAGGAGGGCAAAAUCGGGGUGCCCUGGGUGCCUGCCUCCAGGGUACCCUGACCACGUUGCCCACUGGCCUGAGUACCUUGGCCCACCUGGUCCACCUAGACCUGAGCUUCAACAAACUGGUGACAUUGCCAGCCUGUGUCCCUCAGCUGCGCAGCCUGGACACGCUCCUUCUGUCUCAUAACCGCCUGUCAGAGCUCCCUGAGACCCUGGGUGCUCUCCAUGUUCUCACCUUCCUCACUGUGACACACAACUGCCUGCAAAAGCUGCCCCCGGCACUGGGGGCCCUGUCUGCCCUGCAGCAACUUGAUCUCUCAGAGAACCUUCUGGACACAUUACCUCCUGAGAUUGGAGGCCUGAGCAACCUCACUGAACUCAACCUGGCCUCCAACCGGCUGCAGAGCCUCCCUGUCUCCCUUGUGGGGCUGCGGUCCCUGCGGCUCCUUGUUUUGCACAGCAACUUCCUGACCUCAGUGCCUGCUGGUCUGGCCCAUCUCCCACUGCUCACUCGGCUUGACCUGAGGGACAACCAGCUCCGGCACCUGCCUCCUGAGCUACUAGAUGCACCCUUUGUGCGCUUACAGGGGAACCCCCUGGGUGAGGCCUCACCAGACUCUCUGAGUCCUCCAGGCACACCCCAAGUUCUUGAAAUGCCGAAACUGUUCCUGACCUCAGAUUUGGACAGCUUCCCUGUGACCCCCCAAGGCUGCUCUGUAACUCUGGCUUGUGGCGUCCGCCUGCGGUUCCCAGCGGGGGCCACCACUACCCCCAUCACUGUCCACUAUCGACUGUGGCUGCCAGAACCAGCACUCGUCUCCUUGGGCCCUCAUGACUCCUUGCUCAGCGGUGUCCUGGAGCUAUGGCCCCAUGGGGUGGCUUUUCAGCAGGAUGUGAGCCUGUGGCUGCUCUUUGUCCCCCCUCGGGCCCGUCGUUGCCAUGAGGUAGUGGUCAGAACCCGCAGGGACAAUAGCUGGAGUGACCUGGAGACCCACCUAGAGGAAGAGGCACCCAAGCGGCUCUGGGCUCGCUGCCAGGUGCCCCACUUCUCAUGGUUCCUUGUGGUUUUGCGCCCUGUAUCCAAUGCCUGCCUGGUACCUCCAGAGGGGACACUGCUGUGCUCUUCAGGUCAUCCUGGGGUCAAGGUCACCUUCCCUCCUGGGGCCACCGAGGAGCCUCGUCAUGUCUCCAUGCAGGUGGUGCACAUGGCUGGCCGAGAGUUGCGCGCCCUUCUAGGGGAGCCAGAGGCUGCGGUGAGCCCCCUGCUAUGCCUCUCACAGAGUGGUCCCCCCAGCUUCCUCCAACCAGUUACAGUGCAGCUACCCCUGCCCCCUGGUGUCACAGGUGAGAGGUCACUGUGCCAUUGGGUAGAGGAGACAGUGCUUGGAAGGGCCAGCCAGAGACCUCAGCCUGCUGCCCUUUCCUGUCUAGGCUUCAGCCUGGACCACUCCCGCCUGCACCUGCUGUACUGGGCCCCUCCUGCAGCCACCUGGGAUGACAUCACGGCUCAGGUGGUGCUGGAGCUCACUCACCUGUAUGCACGCUUCCAGGUCACACAUUUCUCCUGGUCAGUGCUCCCCAGGUCCCCCUCCCUGUCCUCCCCCAGUCUGGUCUGCACAGUGCAUCUCACCACUGACCCUCCCAGGUACUGGCUCUGGUACACCACCAAGAGCUGUGUGGGGGGCCUGGCGCGGAAGGCCUGGGAGCGGCUUCGGCUGCACCAAGUCAACCUCAUUGCCCUGCAAAGGCGCCGAGACCCCGAGCAGGUCCUGCUGCAGUGCCUGCCCCGAAACAAGGUGGAUGCCACCCUGCGCCGGCUGCUGGAGCGCUAUCGAGGGCCUGAGCCCUCUGACACUGUGGAGAUGUUUGAGGGCGAGAAGUUCUUUGCUGCCUUCGAGCGAGGCAUUGACGUGGAUGCUGACCGCCCAGACUGUGUGGAGGGCAGGGUCUGCUUUGUGUUCUACUCUCACCUGAAGAACCUGAAGGAAGUUUACAUCACCACAGCUCUGGAUCGGGAAGCUCAGGCGGUGCGAGGCCAGGUGUCCUUUUAUCGGGGCUCAGUGCCUGUGGAGGUACCCCAAGAGGCUGAGGCUGCCCGGCAGAGGAAGGGUGCGGAUGCCCUCUGGAUGGCCACUCUGCCUAUCAAGCUGCCGAGACUUCAGGGGCUCAAGGGUCACGGGAAGGGGGCCAGGCUUUCCCUGGCACCCCUGAACCUGGGCGACGCUGAGACUGGCUUUCUGACUCAGAGCAACCUGCUGAGUGUGGCUGGGCGCCUGGGUCCCGACUGGCCAGCCGUGGCCCUGCACUUGGGCAUGCCCUACCGAGAGCUGCAGCGCAUCCGGCAUGAGUUCCGGGACGACCUGGACGGGCAAAUCCGCCACAUGCUCUUCUCCUGGGCAGAGCGCCAGGCUGGGCAGCCAGGGGCUGUGGAGCUCUUGCUGCAGGCCCUGGAGCAGAGUGACCGGCAGGAUGUGGCUGAAGAAGUACGGGCCAUCUUGGAGCUCGGCCGCCACAAGUACCAGGACAGCAUCCGCCGUACGGGCCUGGCUGCGGAGGACUCUGCUCUGCCAGGCACAUCAGCCUCACAGUCCACAGAGCCUGCCCAGGCCUAAGCCCAGCAGGCUCUGGACAUUGGCCUGGCCCCUGGCAGAGCUCAACCUUCAAGUCUCUCCCCUGUCUGAGGGCGAUGUAAACCUGUACUGUUCCAUCUACCAUCUCAGAGCUUGGCCCGUCCAUCAAGUGGAGAAGCAGUUGGAGGGAAGGCAGGGCCAGGCUAUCUGAGGCCCAGCCUCUACUGGUAGGGGCUUCUGUAUGCCCAGUCUUCCCAUGGCCUUUGCUCCUGCCCCUCCCUCAGACCAUGCCUGUUGCCUGUGGUCCUGAUCUUCCCAGAAGUGGAGAGGAGCUGACUCUACAAAGUAACGAUUCUAUCAGAGAUGGAUACAAAGUCA